ACACUAACGAUCUUUACCUAACCCUGACGACCUCCACAAAAAAAUUCUUUCUCUUGUCACACGAUACAUCCCAUCUAUAAUCCCAAACAGGCCACACACCAAAAAAAAACACAAAAAUUUCCGGGAAAAUCUUUCUACCACUUUCUAGACAUCCAAGCAAACAAAACAGAGAAGAAGCAAAACCCCGGAAACUCCCGAAAUCUCUCUGACAGAUAGAUGUCAACGUCCGGACAGCCACAAUUCCGAUACACACAAACACCAUCAAAGGUUUUGCAUCUGCGAAACCUUCCAUGGGAGUGCACAGAAGAAGAGCUUAUCGAGCUCUGUGAACCUUUCGGAAAGAUCGUCAACACUAAGUGCAAUGUCGGCAACAAUCGCAACCAAGCCUUCGUUGAAUUCGCAGAACAAAACCAGGCAAUACAAAUGGUAUCGUAUUAUGCGUCGUCGUCGGAGCCAGCGCAGGUUCGGGGUAAAACGGUGUAUAUUCAAUAUUCGAAUAGACAUGAAAUUGUGAACAAUAAGAGUCCAGGUGAUAAUCCUGGAAAUGUAUUGCUGGUUACCAUUGAGGGUGUUGAAGCUGGUGAUGUCAGCAUCGAUGUCAUUCACUUGGUGUUUUCUGCUUUUGGCUAUGUGCACAAAAUUGCUACUUUUGAAAAGGCUGCUGGUUUCCAGGCAUUAAUUCAAUUCACUGAUGCUGAAACUGCAUCUUCAGCGAGAAAUGCCUUGGAUGGGAGAAGUAUACCCAGGUACCUGCUUCCAGAGCAUGUUGGUUCCUGCAACUUACGCAUUUCAUAUUCUGCACAUACUGAUCUCAAUAUCAAGUUCCAGUCCCAUAGGAGCAGAGACUAUACAAAUCCGUAUCUUCCUGUGAAUCCUACUGCAAUUGACGGACCUGUUCAGUCUACUGUAGGUGCUGAUGGGAAAAAGAAAGAGCCUGAGAGCAAUGUACUUCUUGCAUCCAUUGAGAACAUGCAGUAUGCUGUCACCGUGGAUGUUCUUCACACGGUAUUUUCUGGAUUUGGUACUGUCCAGAAGAUUGCUAUAUUUGAGAAAAAUGGUGGAACACAGGCACUAAUUCAGUACCCAGAUGUUGCGACUGCAGCAGUAGCCAAAGAAACUCUGGAGGGACACUGCAUUUAUGAUGGUGGCUAUUGUAAGCUUCAUCUAUCAUACUCUCGUCAUACUGAUCUCAAUGUAAAGGCCUUUAGUGAUAAAAGUAGAGAUUACACCAUCCCGGAUGCAAGUUUUCUCACAGCACAAGCUCCUGGCCUCCACACUGCUCCCACAACUUGGCAGAAUCCUCAAGCUGGUUCAAUGUACCUUGGGAGUAACUAUGCCACCACAGCUGCUGCUCCUGCUCAAGUUCCUCCUGGGCAAGUGGCAGCUUGGGAUCCGAGUAUGCAGGCGGGUGGACCAGGCUAUUCAUCAGUUCGCGGUAUGUAUCCUGGUCAAACAUAUCCAACACCCCCAGCAUAUGCUUCCUCAGCACUACCUCCAGGUUCCUCUCCCCAUUCAUAUAGCAGCCCGAUUUCUCCUGGUGUGGCCUCCAUGGGAAUGACUCACCCAGGGGUGCAGCCAAACAUGCGACCUGGUGGGGCUUCACCUCCUGGUCAGACUCCAUAUUAUGGUCGAUGAUGAGGUAUCUUCCUCCUGAAAUUUUUUUUUUGCCUUCCAGCAGAAACAAGUUUCUGACAAAGAUGAUAAUUUGAUAUGCUGUGGGUUCACCUAUCUUGUGAGGCUUUGAUGUUUUAUUCAAAAGAAAAAAAAAAGUUUUUAACUAUUUCUACAUGUCUUUAUUUUCUGUCGUCUUGGAAUACAUUGCUGGAUGGAAUCUCUGUUCUCAGUCCUUAUCAAUGUUGUAAGCUUGUGAACUUGCUCCAGCUUUAUUUAGUGCAGCAUCAAUGUAGAAAACUACUCUUAAGCUUUA